AUAAAAGUAUUUGACAUAAAUGGCAACAUGUUUUGUAAAAUGUCAAUUUGUAUGGCGGUGCGUCCCUUUUUUGCUAAUCAUUGCCGUUUUUUUACAAAUAAAGUAAUAUUUACAAUUAAACAACCCACAUUAAAACCGUGUGUCAGCAAAUUACUAAACUUCUUCCCGAAUAAAAAUCAAUUGUGCGCUUGUGCAUCAACUUCGUUCACACCAACGAACAUGACAUUCGAAUACCCGGAGGCGCGAAGAGAUGACACCAUUGUCGACGACUAUCAUGGAACAAAGAUUAAAGAUCCGUACCGCUGGCUAGAAGACCCAGACUCCAACGAGACCAAAGAGUUCAUAGAGGCAGAGAACAAAAUAACCCGACCUUACCUGGACGCAUGUCCCGUAAAAACAGAUAUACACGAGCGACUGACAGAACUAUGGAACUAUCCCAAAUAUUCUUGCCCAUUCAGAAGAGGUGACAGAUACUUCUUCUUUAAGAACACUGGAUUGCAGAAUCAAAACGUCCUAUACGUUCAAGAUAGCCUUGACGGCGAGCCACGUGUGUUCCUCGACCCUAACACAUUAUCGGAGGAUGGCACAAUUGCGCUCUCAGGCAGCAGGUUCACGGAAGACGGUGCUACUUUUGCCUAUGGAUUGUCAGCUAGUGGCUCUGAUUGGAUCACCAUACACCUGAAAGAUGUAGCUACAGGUGAAGAUUACCCAGAGGUUUUAGAAAAAGUAAAAUUCGCAUCGAUGUCGUGGACGAAAGACAAUAAAGGAUUAUUUUAUUCGCGGUAUCCGGAACAGACAGGCAAGACAGAUGGCUCGGAGACAGAAGUGAACAGGGACCAGAAACUUUGUUACCACCGUCUCAACACGCCCCAGGCUGAGGACGUCAUAGUCGUUGAGUUCCCAGAGGAGCCGUUAUGGAGAAUUGGUGCGGAGGUGACGGAUUGCGGCAAAUACCUGAUCGUGUCUCCAGUGAAGGACUGUCGCGACAACCUCCUGUUCUUCGCAGACCUCAGUAAGAAUCCGGACAUCACCGGGAAACUACCACUUACGCAGAUUGUACACAAGUUUGAGGCUGAUUAUGAGUAUGUUACAAAUGAGGGUUCAGUAUGCAUAUUCCGGACAAACAAAAAUGCUCCCAACUAUAGACUGAUCAAAAUUGACCUACACAACCCAGCAGAAGAGAACUGGGAAACUCUUAUACCUGAACAUUCAAGCGACGUGUUAGAUUGGGCGUCAGCGGUAGACAAUGACAAAUUAGUACUACAUUACGUUCGUGAUGUAAAGAGCGUGUUACAACUGCACAGUAUGAAAUCUGGAGAGCUACUGCAGACCUUCGACCUCCCCGUCGGCUCCGUGGUCGGUUUCUCCGGGAAGAAGGAGCACAGUGAAAUCUUCUACCACUUUAUGUCGUUCCUCACGCCGGGAAUCAUUUACCACGUGGACUUCAAAAAACAACCGUACACUCCCACCGUAUUCAGAGAAGUGAAAGUAAAAGGAUUUGACGCAUCGCAAUAUGAGGCUAAACAAAUAUUUUAUUCAAGCAAAGAUGGCACUAAAGUUCCUAUGUUUAUAGUAUCUAAAAAGAACUUACCUCGCGACGGCUCGAACCCGGCGCUUGUGUACGGCUAUGGUGGCUUCAAUAUCAAUAUUCAACCGAGUUUCAGCGUGACUCGGCUCGUAUUUAUGCAGCAUUUCAACGGGGUCGUCGCUAUACCAAACAUUAGAGGCGGAGGGGAGUACGGCGAGCGGUGGCACAACGCGGGCCGUCUGCUCAACAAGCAGAAUGUGUUCCACGACUUCCAAGCGGCGGCCGAGUACCUGGUGCGGGAGCGGUACUCGCGGCCCGCGCUGCUCACCAUACAGGGCGGCUCCAACGGCGGCCUGCUGGUCGCCGCCUGCGCCAACCAGCGCCCCGACCUCUACGGCGCCGCCAUCGUGCAGGUCGGCGUUCUGGACAUGCUGCGGUUCCAGAAGUUCACAAUCGGGCACGCGUGGGUUUCCGAUUACGGCAGCUCGGACGAGAAGGUGCACUUCGACAACCUCAUCAAGUACUCACCACUGCACAACAUACAUUCCCCAGAUGAUGAGCCGGGCGAGUACCCGGCGACGUUGGUGCUGACGGCGGACCACGACGACCGCGUGGUGCCGCUGCACUCGCUGAAGUUCAUCGCCGCGCUGCAGCACGCCGCGCGCCACACGCGCCAGCGCAGGCCCCUGCUGGCGCGCGUCGACACCAAGGCCGGCCACGGCGGCGGGAAACCCACCGCUAAGAUCAUCGACGAGCACACAGACAUUCUGUGCUUCAUGACGCAAGCGCUGGGACUGAAAUUCGUGAAGUGAACCUGCCAUAAUAAUAAAUCCGAUAAUAGUAUUAAUGAAUAAGAGAUUAAUGCAAAUAGUAUUAUGUAAAUAUACCCACAAGCACAGUCUGUUGAUUACCUCUGGGUCUUGCUAAGACUGGUGAUAAUUGUUACGCAUUGCUAUUUUUUUUAUUAAUAAAACCUUGUUUUUAUUU